UUGAAAAUGGAUUUGUUUUGGAGUUUAAGCUGCUGACAUUGUGUGAAAAUGAAGAAAUAAAGAAAGAGGCAGAAGAUUUACUCGAAAUCAACCUGCAAGCGUCCAUACAAAAAUCAGACCAACCAUCAGGUUCUAUAAGAAGUGAAACAGACAAAGUAGUAGCUAUCAUUGCCGCACAUCCAGAUGUGACACCGGUUGAAGUAAAACGAAAGUGCAUCAUUUGGUCAUUUAAAUGUUUCACUCCUGGUGGCUUACUUCACAUUUUAGAUAUCACGCACGGCAAUCAGUUUAGAAACACAUUUCAAAACAUAGCUAAUGAGCUGCAUUACAUUUACGGCUAUCCUUUCCUCAUACAGGGAAAAUGUACACUCGAAAGUGUGUCGGGUGUUUCAAGAAUGCUAAAUAAAUCUUCAACUAAUGAAACAUCAAGUGAACACAUAAGUAUUCCAUUGAAGUGUUCAUCUGUAGACGGAAUAAAUUCGGUACUAUCCGCGAUAAAAAUGGAAAAAACGACAAAUAGUCUGAAUAGAAUUGCAGAACAGAUGUCAGCGGAGUUCAAUGAAACUGUAUCAAUUAAACUGAUUCCUGAAAUGAUGGAAUUUCGAAAUGUGCUUGAAGAAACAGACUCAGAAGGAUCAAGCUCUCUUGGGAGAAACGAAGAUGAGACGGAAGAAAUAGUUCCUGCUGAAAUGGGUAAUAAAAAUGACAAUGAAAAUAUGAAGGAACAGGUGGAUUUCAUUAUUGACAACAAAUGCACACUUAUGCAUGCAGAUGAAACGGACAUUGAACUUGUACGAGAACACGCAGGUGACGAAAAUAACGAGGUGUAUGAUGAAAAAAUGAAAGAAUAUACAACGGAAAAUGAAGAGGCAGAAAGGAGCAUUAAAACAGUAACAGACAUAUUUAAGACCAUUAGUCUUGGACAGACUCGUAUUCGGGAUGUGACAGUUGGUGAAAAAAAAAGAGAAAGCAAAUUAGAUUCAGAAGGAACAAGCUCUCUUGGUAGACACGGAGAUGAGACGGAAGAAAUAGUUCCUUCUGAAAUAGGUUAUAAAAAUGAAAACGGGAAUCAGGAGGAACAGGCCAAAUUCAUAAUUGACAACACAUUUACUUUUGCUCUUCUGGAUAAAACGGACAUGGAACUUGUUCAAAGGCGCACAAAUAGCGAAAGGAACGAGGUUUCCGGAGUGCAACAAUCGUAUGAGAUAUAUGAAACGGAAAAUGAAGAGUCAGCUUGGGACAUUAACAAAAUUACAGACCCGUUUCCAGCCAUUAGAAGUGGAUUGGAUCGUACUCAGAAUGUGACAAUUGUUGAGGACAAGACAAAAAGCAAAUUAGCUGACUAUGACAUAACGCCGACAAGACGACCCGAUACCAACCAGUUGGCAAGGAUGAACAAGGACAAAGAUAAAAUACCAAAGAUAAGAUCAUACCUAAGAAACGAAGUCUACACAACUGACGAUGACAUGUUCAAAGAUGUAUUACACAAUAUGAUUACAAUUUUGACGAGUUUCAUUAACCAAAUGACAAGCACACGUAUAGCUAUACAUAAACUUCAGCAAUUGGAAAGGAGAUAUGACAAAGAACAUAUAUUUACUCGUCGAGGUUUCCAAAACCAAUCGGACAAAUUAAAGGAAUCCAUAAAAAAGCGGCAGCCAUCUUUCGCAUAUGAUCAAGAAAAAAUUGAGAGGUUUCCUCGCAAGUCUAUAGAGGGUGAUGUUAGAGAGAAAAAAUAUGACGAUACCAUAAAAAAACCAGCUUACUAUGACCAAACGCCGACAAGACGACCCGAUACCAACCAGUUGACAAGGAUGGACAAGGAUAAGGAUAAGAUACCAAAGGUACUGCUGGAAACAAGACCAGAAGGAAAAGAAACUAAAGAUUUCGGACAGUAUGAACUUGAUAGAGCUUACUAUGACAAAACUCCGACAAGAUGUCCCGAUACCAACCAGUUGACAAAGAUGAAAAUGGACAAGGAUAAAAUCCCAAAGGACGGAACACAUUUGCUGGAGAACAGUUAG